CUAGACUUGAUCUACUAAAAACAUGUUCGUAAAGGCUUUCAUCGUGGCAGUGUUUGUUUCCGUUGUCUCGGCUGAGCUUCCUCCCUCCUACAACCCUCCAGCACCUUCCUACAAACACCCAGCUCCCUCCUAUGGCCCCCCAGCACCAACUGGUCAUCCUAAGUACGACUUUAACUAUGCCGUGAAGGACGACCCUUCAGGUAACGACUUUGGACAUCAAGAAUCCCGUGACGGCUACAAUACUCAGGGGAACUACUACGUGCUGCUUCCUGAUGGUCGUCUGCAGAGAGUUUCAUACACUGUGAACGGUGACUCAGGCUACGUGGCUCAAGUGGAAUAUGAGGGUAAAGCCCAGUACCCAGCCUACCAGCCGGCCCCAUACCAUCCUACACCCAGCUACAAGCCAACUCCCAGCUACAAGCCUGCCCCCAGCUACAAACCUACCCCCAGCUAUGCUCCAGCACCUUCCUACAAGCACCCAGCUCCCUCCUACGGGGGUCAUCCCAAGUACGACUUCAACUAUGCCGUGAAGGACGACCCUUCAGGUGACGACUUUGGACAUCAAGAAUCCCGUGACGGCUACAAUACUCAGGGGAACUACUACGUGCUGCUUCCUGAUGGUCGUCUGCAGAGAGUUUCAUACACUGUGAACGGUGACGCAGGCUACGUGGCUCAAGUGGAAUAUGAGGGUAAAGCCCAGUACCCAGCCUACCAGCUUGCCCCAGCAUACACACCCAGCUACAAGCCAACUCCCAGCUACAAGCCAACUCCCAGCUACAAGCCAACUCCCAGCUACAAGCCAACUCCCAGCUACAAGCCUGUUCCCAGCUAUGCUUAA